AAGAGGGACCCCGAGCGGCCCGAGUCCCCCGGGCGCAGGCCGGCGGGCGGGCGGACGGCCGGAGCGGAGGACGCGCGCGGUGGGCCGGGUUCGGGCCACGCCCGCCCAGCGGCCGCCACUAUGGACCAGUUCCUGGUGCUGCUGCACUCGGUGUCCACCGGCCUGACGAGCGGCGAGCUGACCGAGCUCAAGUUCCUGUGCCAAGGCCGCAUCAGCAAGAGGAAGCUGGAGCGCGUGCAGAGCGGCGUGGACCUCUUCUCCGUGCUGCUCGAGCAGAACGAGCUGGACAGCGAGCACACCGAGCUGCUGCGCGAGCUGCUCGUGUCCCUGCGGCGCCAAGACCUGCUGCGGCUCCUGGACGACUACGAGGCGGGCGCGGCGGGGCGGGCGGCGCCGGAGGAGCAAGACCUUUGUGCAGCGUUUGACAUCAUAUGUGAUCACGUGGGGAAGGACUGGAGAAGACUGGCUCGUCAGCUUAAAGUGUCUGACAGCAAGAUCGAUGCCAUCGAGGUGAAGUACCCCCGGAACCUGACCGAGCAGGUGAGGGAGGCGCUGAGAGUCUGGAAGAGCACCACAGGGGAGGGAGCGGCCGUGCCCCACCUCGUGGGGGCGCUCAGGGCCUGCCGGCUCAACCUGGUGGCAGACCUCAUCGAGGAGGACCAGCAGGCCCGCGGCCUCCAGCGCGAGGACGAGAGUGGGAACAGCACUGUGUCCCUCAUGUCCUGGGAGUUGGACGCAUGCAGCACGAGAGCCUCCUCCUGACCCCGCCGCUCUUCUCCAGGGACCCCUCCACCGAGCCUGUCCGGGGCUUGCGCGCGCCUGCGCUGUGGAAACCUCGCAGUGAGCCAGGACAAGGGACCCCAGCGCGCGCUCGCCCGGCCACAAGCAUCUCCGCCAAAGCACUGACUUAGCACACGCUGUGUGCCAGGUGGAGCUUCGGGCCUUUACCCAUUCAUCCAUUCAUUCUUCCUGAUCACCCUGUGAAAGGGAGUCUGGACUCCAUUAAGGAGUUCCUGCAGAGGGAUUUUGGAACCGUACCAACACAUAGAAGGAAUCUAACAGCGGUUGUUACUUCACCAUUCUCCGGAGGAAGGGAGGGAGGGAGCUCAAAGUUAAGGCUCACUGGACGGAACUGAGGUUGGAGUCAGCAGAGCUGGGGUUGGAGGCGGUGCGCCAGCUCAGAGCCCCACUCUGCUCGUCCUGCGCGUGUGCGCGCGCCCCCAAUGAGGCUAUCUGUGCAGACGGUGUGGGCAAGAAGCACCCCUGCUCCAGCCCCAGCCCCUGCCCCUGCCCCUGCGGGAGCUGUCUCCUCAGGAGGUGGUGCCUGUUCGGUGCUCAGAAGUGAAGUAAUCGCAGUCAGCUCUACACUCAGUCC